UUCUGUCGAUCCCUACAAGUAUAUAAGCUGUGUCGUCUCGACCUUGGUUGAGUCACUCACGCUUACCAUCAACCCAAGUCGUCCCUUGGGUAUUCCCGCACGCAGACAUGACACGGAUCCCCUUCCGAAAGUCUACUGACAUAACCGGAGCCAAGGAGCCGAAGGAAACGCUCUCAGGCUCCGCAGAAUCCAAGGAAGCGAGGAUCAAGAAUAUCAGGAUUUUUGUUGCGUUGCUCUUGCCAGUGUUCCUUGAGACGCUGGAUUAUACGGUCGUUGCUACUGCACAAUCGCGUAUCGCGUCGGAUUUUGACGCUUUGAGUCUGCAGAGCUGGGUAGGGACAUCAUACCUGCUCACGUCCGCGGUGUUCCUCCCGUUCUUUGCCUCGAUCGCAGACGUCUUCGGCCGACACUUUGGCCUCCAGUUCUCGCUCCUAUGGUUCCUUGUCGGCAGCGCGAUUAGCACAGGUGCUCAGAACAUGAUCACGAUGCUCGUUGGGAGAGGUGUCGCUGGUGUCGGUGCUGCGGGCUUGUUGACGGUUGUUCGGACAAUUAUGGCAGACUCGUCAUCCAUCAGUGCAAACAACUGGCAGCAGUCUGGUUUGUUCUUUCUGUACGCAGUCGGAUUCAGUGUUGGUCCCGUCAUUGGCGGAUACUUGAUUGACGUCAACUUUCGAUGGGUGUUCGCAAUCAACCUUCCCGCCGCUGUUGUGGCGAUGCUGUCCUGCGCUAUACUCCUACGCGGCCAAGUCAAGAAAGGGAAGCCACUUCAACAGCUCCCAAAUUCUUCCAAAGACCGUAGCACAUUCAUCCAGAAGGUCUUGCUUCUUGACUGGAUUGGCAUGCUAUUCUUCAUCCUGGGCGGUAUCUUGAUCCUACUCGCGUUCAACUGGGGCCCAGACGACGGCUGGAACACCGCGCGCGUCAUUGUCUCCCUCGUCGUUGGCGUAGGACUCCUCUCACUUUUCCUCUUCUGGGAAGACCGACUCCGACGGAUUCAGCUAAAGUCGACAUCGUCAACGCCAACGGUCUUCUUGGCAUUUCGGAUGCUCCCGCUGGAGAUCUUUAGGACGUUCGAUAUGUGUGUGGUACAAUACUGCUGCUUCGUCUCGGGCAUUGUCAUGUUUGUUAUGUUCUACUUCGUGGCGAUCUUUGCGGUCAUUGUAACUGGCCUACCGGCGGCCCAAGCGGGUAUCCAGCUCCUGUAUUUUGCACCCGGGAUGGGAGGCGGGUCAUGGCUUACUAUCGCCAUCAUCAAACGAACCAAAGAGCCGAAAUUCUCCAUCAUUCCCGGUUCGGUAUUGUUGCCCGUGAGUCUGGGUUUGAUCCAAAUGGCGAUGAAGCAAAAAAAUCAGGGCAUGGUUAAUGGAUUCAUGGCCAUGGCAGGCGUUGGUGUUGGUAUGACGGCAGGAUCGCUCGCCGUGCAAGGACGGUUCAUUGAACCGGACCACAUCGCCAUAGUCAGCGCUUUAAUGCUCUUCUUCCGCACGUUAGGCGGUACAGUUGGCCUUGCACAAUGCUUUACUGUCAUGGACUCCAAAGUGAAGUCCUACGUCUUCGAUCAGAUUCAAGCUGGCGCCCUCUCCCCGUCUGACCUCGCAGCACUCGUAUCCCUAUAUAGCAGUCAGGGCGGCGGCCUAUCAUCGCUUACUAGCCUUGACGGUUUGCCUAGCGACGUGCAGACGAUCAUAAGAGACGCAUAUAGGUACGGUGUCGCGUGGAGCUUUGUAUCCUUGAUUCCCUGGGCAGGGAUUGCUGCGCCUAUGUCGUUCUUCUUGACGAGCAUCAAGAAGAAGGAUGAUCCAAAGGAGACGCAGGGUCGAGAGGAGGCUGAUCACGAUGAAGGAAGGCUAGGGGAUGAUAAUACAGGAAGUGCUGAACGUAUUGAGAUGACGAGUAGGACUCACUCAGCAUUCCAUUAA